AUGAAUGCCCUCGCGAUAACAAGCAAGCGUGUCGCCGCCCAUAACUCUUAUAGGUCGCUAUGGCGAGCCUUACGGGACUCCAAGCACGGUCUGCCGAAGAGCAAUUCGCUCCAGGUGCGGUUACGCUCAACCACAGAGACAAUGCCAAAGAUUGCUCAGGCAUCGACAUGGACGUCGAUCAUUCCUAAGUUUCUUCGAGAUCGCAGUCUACGAACAGCCACAUCAGCGCAAGCAAAAUCGAAAGAAUGGAAUCCUGCAACCUUCUACAUCGUGAUUUUCACGCUUAUAGGGUCGCAGGCCAUUCAAAUGCUAGUCCUACGAAAAGAACUCGAAAAUUACACCCGAAGAUCCGACGCAAAAUUAAGGUUAUUGGCAGAGGUCAUUCAGAAGGUGAAAAACGGAGAGAACGUCGAUGUUGAAAGGCUAUUAGGCACGGAUGAUGAGACGAAGGAACGAGAAUGGGAAGAAGUUCUUCGAGAGAUUGAAGACGAAGACUCCCUCUGGCGCCAGAAGUCUGGGAGAAAACGAGACAGCAAUUCUGCUGAAUCCGCAGAAGACGACAAACGUCAAAAAAGUGUGGCAAUUGAGAAGGAGCGCCUUUUGAAUCCAGAGAAAUCUCUGAAAGCCCCAGAACCAUCGUCAGUUGAAAGUCCAAGGAAUGCUAGGUUCUACUAG